UCAUCGCUUCCACCGACUCGACUCUUCCGCCGGAGUCGCCCCCUACAUUGCUUCAAGAAGGGGCAACCGGAACCCCUCCUCCCCUUCUCUUUACGAAUCCGGUCAUGUGAUAUCAUCCGGCCGUUGUUUGCUUCCUCAUCUCCACUUCUUCUCUCCAUUUCCACGUUCUCUCCUUGAGGGAGCGAGGGAGAGUUCUUGAUCGCCGUCAUCAAUGGCGGCGCAGUACUCGUCGUCUAGGGGGCGGAGCAGCUCCCCUUUCAGCUACCGGAAGCCACCCUCAGCCUCUUCCUUCUCCUCCACCUCCUCCUCCGCCAACGGCCGCCCGAUCCCCCGGUCUUCGCCAUCGUCGGUGUCGUCCCACUUCCACGGGUCUUCCAAUGGAGGGCAUACAAGAUUCGGGACCGCUGUCCUGGGCGGCGCGGAGUACUCCAGGGGGCGGGUGGCACCAGUAGGAUUUGCGGCAGAGGAGCUGGUGGUUGAGCCAGCGGACGCGGGGAGAUCUGGGGAUAACAUCUCUGUGACGGUUAGGUUUCGUCCUUUGAGUGACCGCGAAUUUCAGCAUGGGGACGAGGUCGCUUGGUAUGCGGAUGGGGAUAAAAUCCGCAGCGAGUACAAUCCAACCACAUUCUUCGCAUUUGAUAGAGUUUUUGGUCCUUCCACAACUACUCAAGUGGUCUAUGAUGUUACUGCUCGGCCUGUUGUUAAAGCUGCAAUGGAGGGCAUAAAUGGGACGGUUUUUGCCUACGGUGUCACUAGUAGUGGCAAGACCCAUACAAUGCAUGGUGAUCCCAAGUCUCCUGGUAUCAUACCACUAGCCAUAAAGGAUGUCUUCAGCAUAAUACAAGAUACUCCAGGAAGAGAAUUUUUACUCCGUGUAUCAUACCUUGAAAUUUAUAAUGAGGUUAUUAAUGACUUGCUUGAUCCCACUGGCCAAAACCUGCGUGUAAGAGAAGAUGCUCAGGGUACUUAUGUUGAGGGUAUAAAGGAGGAAGUUGUUUUAUCUCCUGGGCAUGCACUUUCUUUCAUUGCUGCUGGUGAAGAACAUCGUCAUGUUGGUUCUAACAAUUUUAACCUGUUCAGUAGCAGAAGUCACACAAUUUUUACCUUGAUGAUUGAAAGCAGUGCUCAUGGUGAUGAAUAUGAUGGAGUGAUGUAUUCUCAACUUAAUCUUAUCGAUCUAGCAGGAUCUGAGAGUUCAAAAACUGAGACAACUGGGCUAAGAAGAAAGGAAGGAUCUUACAUUAACAAAAGCCUUUUAACUCUUGGAACAGUGAUUGGAAAGCUUAGUGAAGGGAAAGCAUCUCAUAUUCCUUACCGUGAUUCUAAAUUGACUCGACUACUGCAGACCUCAUUAAGUGGCCAUGGGCAUGUAUCGCUCAUUUGCACAGUUACACCUGCAUCUGGUAGCAUGGAGGAAACUCAUAACACACUCAAGUUUGCGAGUAGGGCAAAACAAGUUGAAAUUUAUGCUUCUCGUAACAGGAUUAUUGAUGAAAAGUCAUUGAUCAAGAAGUAUCAGAAAGAAAUAUCAAGCUUAAAGCAAGAACUUGAGCAUUUGAAGAAAGGGAUGCUAAGUGGGGCCAGUCAUGAUGAAAUAAUGAGCUUGCGCCAGAAGCUUGAGGAAGGCCAGGUGAAGAUGCAAUACCGUUUAGAGGAGGAAGAGGAGGCCAAAGCUGCUUUAAUGAGUAGAAUACAGAGGCUGACCAAGCUGAUACUUGUUUCUACCAAGAACUCUAUUCCUGGGUGUUUAACUGAUUUACCUGGGCAUCAGCGCCGUCUCUCUUUAGGGGAGGAUGAUAAAAUGGAUAUACCACAUGAGCAUUCUCCAGUUCUUGAAAGUGAGAGCACCCUGAAUGGUUUUGUGGCUUCUGCUCUGUCAGAUUCAUUAGACACAUUAUCUGAUGUUAAAAAUCAAAGAUAUUCAAGUAAUUUGAGUGAAGAACAUUCCGCAGUCAGUGGCUCAAUCACAGAUGCAGAGCAGACUAGGAUAACAAUGUCAGAUGAAAUGGAUCUCCUAGUCGAACAAAUAAAGAUGCUUGCUGGUGAGAUUGCAUUUGGUACCAGUACACUAAAGAGACUGAUGGAGCAGUCCGUAAAUGAUCCAGAUGGCACAAGGAUUCAGAUUGAGAAUUUGGAGCAUGAAAUCCAGGAGAAACAGAGACAGAUGAGAGUGUUGGAACAGCGCAUUAUUGAAAGUGGCGAAGCUUCAAUGGCCAAUGCCUCAAUGGUUGAAAUGCAGCAGACUGUAACGAGAUUAAUGACUCAGUGCAAUGAGAAGGGCUUUGAGCUAGAGUUAAGAUCAGCUGAUAACCGUAUCCUUCAAGAGCAGCUGCAACUGAAGUGCUCUGAGAUUAAGGAGCUGGAAGAUAAAGUGCUUGUUCUUCAACAGCAACUAACUUCAAUCAAAAAUGAAAAACUGCAUGAAGAACUUGGCACAGAAGAAAUUAAUGAUUUGAAGAGUAAACUUCAAUAUCAGGAGGCUGAGAAUGAGAAACUAAAUCUUGAACGUCAUCAAUUGAUCAAAGAGAAUCAUGGUUUGCUUUCACAGAAUCAGAAAUUAGCUGAAGAAGCUUCUUAUGCAAAAGAAUUGGCAUCUGCUGCUGCGGUUGAGCUCAAGAAUUUGGCCGAGGAAGUAACAAAGCUCUCACUACAAAAUGAAAGACAGGCUAAAGAGUUAUUGGCUAUUCAAGAUUUAGCUGCUUAUUCCAAAACUGCUAAUGGUACCAUCCGUAGGUUUUCUGAAAGCAAGAAUGAUGGGAUCAAACUAGGAAGAAAAGGCCGGCCUCCUAGUAGAAGUGGUGAUGCUGGAAACACAGGAUCUGAUGAUAUGGAUAACCGGAAUCUUAAUCUAGAUGACAUAAGGAUGGAAUUGCAGGUCAGAAAACAAAAGGAAGAUACUUUAGAAGCUGCUUUGGCUGAAAAAGUGCAUCUGGAAAAAGAAUAUAAGAAAAAACUUGAAGAAGCAAAGAAACGAGAAAUAUCAUUAGAGAAUGAUUUGGCUAGCAUGUGGGUGCUUGUUGCUAAGCUGAAAAAAGGUCCCUUAUGUACAUCUGAAUUGACUGCAGAUAAAAGUUCUACCAUUUUGGUUGAUGUUUCAGAUGAUCUUAAAAUGAACAAUGAUGAACACAGUGGUUCUCUUCAUCAGGAAAGACAAGCAGUAGAUAGUUUGGAAAAGCCAAAUAAUGAACAAUUGAACCAAAAUCAGGAGUUGGAACCUUUGCUUGUUCGCUUAAAGGCCAAAAUUCAGGAGAUGAAGGAAAGAGAAAUUGAUUCUUCAGGGACUGGGGAGACAAACUCUCAUGUUUGUAAAGUAUGCUUUGAAUCACCAACUGCUGCAGUACUUAUUCCUUGCCGGCAUUUUUGCUUGUGUAAAUCUUGCUCACUCGCCUGCUCAGAGUGCCCUCUUUGCCGCACUAGGAUUGCUGAUCGUAUCAUUACCUUCACUUCAUAAGUAGUGACCCUCCUAUUUACAGGUCAACUACCUUGUUGCUUUUGCUGUACAAUAAAUUUUCUUCAUCAGUUUUUAGAAGGUGCAUGCUCUGUUGUUUUUAGAAGGUUCUACCUUGUGGGAACUGCAAAUUCUUUUCGUUUCUAAAGGCAAAAUGUCUCUGUCUCCAUAUUUGUCCAUCUUGUUCAUAUUAUAAGGAUCUUAUUGUUCUGCAAGCAAGCACAUUGAUGAACCAACCCACUGGAAGCUGUGGAGAUCAUCUAUAAGAAUUUACAAAAGAGAACAUGCUAUGGGAACCUGCUUGUUCCCAUGUGAUCACAGCACCUGUAUGCUCCUUGUCAAAUCAUCAUAUUGUAGUUAGUUGGUGGUCGAAUGAACACUGUAAAUGGUCUGUAAACACUGUAAAUGGUCUUAAAAGGAAAUGCCAUUAGUGGUUGUAGCUACAAUGCUAAAACAAUGUUUCUGUCUGGGCUUACCAUAUUAGUGCAACUUAUAUUCAGAGUAAUGCUACCAAAUUCUCACAGACAGUAUAUAGUAGUUUCAACUUUAUAAAGCUGAUAUGCAGAAAAGAAAAAGAUGUUAGUUCAAGGUCUCAAGAUGAAUACAAUAAUAUCCAAACUUGAGGAUAUUAUGAUAUUCAUUGUGCAGAAAAAGGAGAGGAGAGAAAAAAAAAGACGGCAACACUACAAUCUGUGCUGAGGUUGACGAAAGCCGCAGCAGCAUUACAAAAAGCUCUUCUUCUUCGGAGAUGAGGUGCAAAGCUGAUGCCUGAGGCACUCCAAAAGCUAAAAAAUAA